AUGAAUAAAAUUCAAAGUGAAAUAGAGACCCAUUCGUUGCUAACAGAAGCAUUGUAUGAACAUUUACAAGCUACUAUUCAACUAACUAAAGUAGCACUUGAGUUAGAAUGGACAGUUUUUACACGUUUUAUAGUUGGGGCCAUGAUAGCCACAUUUUUCUCUAUUAUUUACCUUGUAUUUACACUACGUAAUUCACGCCGACCACUCGUUAUCUGGGAGAAAUUAAAUAAACCGUUGAUAAAACUAUUUCGACCCAAGAUUUUUGCCUUUUUAUUAGGAAAUAUGAAUCCAUAUUCACGAUCCAUAGAUAUGAGAAUUUCAACCUAUUCUCGAGGAUUUUGUACAGGUUUAAUGCGUGAUAGACAAAAGAAUCGAAAUCCAUUUAAAAGUAUACAUGCUACCGCUUUAGCUACAUUUGCAGAAACAAUAGGAGAAUUAGGAUUGUCAAGCUGUUUAAAAGAUGAUAAAGAAGAAAUAUCACUUAUUUCUUUAGAUUUACAAUUUAAAAAGAAGGCAAGAGGUUUAUUAACAGCUUCAACAGAAUUUAAGUUACCAGAAGAAAAUAUGAAAUCAAAUAUUAAAAUGAAUGUUGUCAUUAAAGAUGGAACACUUGAUACAGUAGCAAUUGCUUCUUUAGUUUGGAUCAUUGAAAGCAAUCAGCAUGUAACUUGAAAUAACAUCAAAAGUAAGAAUUUCUUUUAGGUUAUGCAAGACAGCCACAAAAGAAAAAAAAAUGGUGCUACUAUUAUCUCUUUUCCUUGUUCUAUUCUAUUUAUUAGUAAAGAGAUAUUUCCUUUUUUUUAUAUAUAUAUAUAUUUAUACAUAUAUAUAUUUGUAUACAUUUAUAAAUAUUCAUUCUUUCAUGUCCUCUGCUGAAAAUACCUUAUUGACUCAAAUUACAAAAUUACCUAUCAAUACAAUAACUACUUUUUUUCUUCUUCAAGAUAAAAUAUGCGUAUUCGAAAAGUAGUAGUACAUCAAUAAAAAAAAUAAUUUGUAACUUGUUAAUGCUUCUAUUGCAUGUAAUAUAUGCUUUAAUUGUUCAAAAGUAAGUAACUAUUCAUACUUGGAAAAAAAAAGAAGAAGAACAAGUAUUACUCUAUUUAUAUAGUAUUAUAAAAGGAAUUGUCAUUGUCAAGAAGAGGAAAGAAUUUACAUGAAGUUUA